UGCAGAUUACUACCCACACAAAGUCACCCCACCCUUCACUUGUGUCUCUUGCGUUCACUUUCACCAAACUUCUUUCCCCCUCCCUCUCCCCAAAAUCAUAACCAGGAAUUGAAUUCAAAGCCCAGUUUAUAUAAAGGCCAGGUCAGGUCACCUUUAUAUAUAUAUAUAUAUAUAUACACACACUAUAAAGCGGAAAAUUUCAAGUUCAAGAACUAUAACAGGACCAGAUACCCUCUUUCCCUUUCUUUUAUUUUCUCUAAUUUCUUUCUGUUUGACUUGUUUCCUGCUAUUGCGUUGCUUCCAAUAUUUUUUUCUUCAUCAACCUUAAUGAAACAAGAUAUAAACAGUAGCAACCACUCUGUCUCUGUUUCUCUCUUUUUCCUGAACCUCAAAAAUAAAGAAAUCUAAGCAAGAAUUGAUUUUUUUUUUCUUUCUUCCUUUCUAAAUGGGUUGUAGUUUUCGGUCUCUGCUUCUACUUCUUCUUAUUAUUACCUGCACUAAUCUUUCUACAUCAGAUCCAAACGAUGAAGCUUGUUUAACCCAUUUAAGUCAAUCUUUAAAAGACCCAACAAAUUCUCUUCAAAACUGGACAAAACCAAAUUUUGCAAAUCCAUGUUCGGGUUUCAACUCCUAUCUUUCUGGUGCUACUUGUAACAAUGGCCGCAUCUAUAAACUUUCCCUUACAAAUCUUUCUUUACAAGGCUCUAUUUCUCCUUAUAUAUCAAACUGUACUAAUCUCCAAACCCUAGACCUAUCUUCUAACUCUCUCACUGGUCCUAUUCCUGCAGAUUUACAAUACUUAGUUAAUCUUGCAGUGCUUAAUCUUUCCUCUAAUAGGCUUGAAGGAGAGAUCCCACAGCAGGUUGCAUUGUGUGCUUAUUUAAAUGUAAUUGAUUUUCAUGAUAAUUUUCUUUCUGGUCAAAUCCCACCACAGUUGGGUUUAUUAGUAAGGCUAUCAGCUUUUGAUGUAAGCAAUAAUAAGCUUUCAGGGCCAAUUCCAGCUUCAUUAGGGAAUAGAAGUGGGAAUUUGCCAAGAUUCAAUGCGACAUCAUUUGAAGGAAAUAAAGAUCUUUACGGAUACCCUUUGCCUCCAAUGAAAAAUAAAGGUUUAUCUGUUUUGGCCAUUGUUGGGAUUGGUUUGGGAAGCGGUUUUGCUAGUUUGGUACUCAGUUUCACUGGUGUUUGUAUUUGGUUGAAGAUUACUGAACAGAAGAUGGCUCUUGAAGAAGGCAAGAUUAGUCAACUGAUGCCUGAUUAUUGAGCGUAAAUUCAUCAGAAGAAAAAAAAAAAAAAAGAAAACAAAAUUCAAGGUAUGCUUUAGGUGUAAUUGAAGUUGAAGAAAAAGAAAAAGGUAUUUCAUUGAGAAGUGGGCUAAUGCUAUUUUUCUCAGAUGGGUUAGUUGUAUUUUUACUAAUUUUUUCAGACUUCUCUUUUUUUUUU